AGCAUACUCUAUGUCUGUCAUCACUAUCAUGCAUUAGUGCCAUUUAACACAAACAGAAUUCCGAGAUCGCAGACUCUAUUUACCGAGCAGAAAAGAACAGAAGAAAAAAAAAAUGAAGAAAAAGAAUAAUGAGCUGAGAAAGUUUACUGCUUACGCUUAAAUCUGGCUUUCAAUUCUUUGCAGCAGUCUGGUAUUCCCAAAGACUCUAUCUCAUUAAAAUGCCUUUUGCAACAAGAAGAGGUUCUUCCUCUUUAUUGACUUCACAUGGGCAAUUAACUCUACCUCCCUCUCGUUGUUUAACCUGAACCCCAAUCUUCUCCUUAAAAUGCUAAAAGCUUCACCUCCUUGAACCUGAAAGCAAACAACCCGACCCUUCCUUUUCCCUCUUUUUCUUCCUCCUCUUGCCAAUUCUACCUUCCAGUCUCUGUUUCUGUUUCCACUCUGAUGGAUGCACCACAAAAUCCAAGCUUUUUGUGGUUUCUCGCUUGCCUCUCCUCCGGCGACCGGUAAAGAUCGCAUCUUUUUCUCGUUUACGAUGGCUUCGGGCAUGAGAAAGUUCCUGUUGCGGCAUCCGGUUGUGGUUGAGGUGGGAUGCGGCUGCCGCCGGCCAAAGCUCCCAUCUUUCUUCUCCUGCUCGACGAAAUCCAAGCCUCAAAGCGACGGCGGUUUUCUCUCUCCUUCGACCACCACCUCCCACUGGGGAACCAGCAGCUUCACCGCGACAACCGCCGGCGACUCCUCUUCCACCUCCCGCUGCAACUUAUCGCCGGAGAGGCCGAAGGAGACUGCCGCCGCCGAGGGCGGCCGGCGAAAGCCGAGCAGGAAGAAGAGCAAGCGGGCGGCGGCGCCGAGGAAGGGCGUGGUGGACGGGAGCGUGGCUGUGGUGAAGGACUCGUCGGACCCGUUCCUGGACUUCCGCGACUCGAUGCUGCAGAUGAUCGUGGAGAUGGAGAUCUAUGCCUGGGAGGACCUGCGCGACCUGCUCCACCGCUUCCUCGCCCUUAACGCGCCUCGGCACCACCACCUGAUCCUCCGCGCCUUCGCCGAGAUUUGGGGUGGCCUCUUCUCUUCUACGACCUCCCCCUCGACGCCGUCCUCCUCCGCGUUCCGCCGUCGCCGGCGGUGAGCCCGACGGCCAAAGAAGCCGAGUUGAGAUCCUGCUACCACCUGGCGCACUAACUCCGCCUGGGUGGUGAUAGGAUCUCAAAUCCCCGCAAAAUCAAAGAUGUGAACUUCGUAGGAACAAGAGGAGUGCCUAAUCGUUGACUUUGUUCUCCAGAUUUUAGGAUUUGUGAUCUGUUUGACUGUCUGCUUUAGAUUUUGAGAUUGCUAGCGUGCUCUUUCUUCACAAUCAAUGGCUGCACUAAUUCAACAA